UCAUUUUGAAGUCCCUCGCGCCAUCAAAUUUUCUCCACCAAACAAGAAACAAAACCGAACCUCUUCUUCCUCACUAAUCCUCAACUCUCUCUGUCUCGCUCUCUAAUGGCAAUCGCCAACUUCUCCAACCUCCCCACACGCGCGGCCCUCUCUCUCCACUCAGGAAACCACCUUCAUAGAAGAACCUUUACCGUCAUCAAUCCCCGGAUCACCACCACCACUGUUUCUAAACUCUCUACUACUCCUCUCACUCACUCCUCUUCCCAUAACCGAUUCCAUACCACCCUUGUCUUUUCCUCUGGCCAUGGAGGUGGAACAGGUGGCUAUGGUGGUGGCAGUGGUGGUGGUGGUGGAGGAGGAGGAGGAGGAGAUGGCAGAAGUGAUGAUGACAGUGAUGCCGAGUCCCGCAACCGGACAGAAGCAUUUCUUGCAUUAGCAGAGGUAGGGAGGUCAUUGGAGAGCCUGCCCAAGGACCUGGCUGGGGCGAUUGAGGCAGGAAGACUGCCUGGAUCGAUCGUGCAUAGGUACUUUGAGCUCGAGAAGUCUCCGAUUUUCAGAUGGUUGCUUCAGUUCGGUGGAUUUAAAGAACGGUUGCUUGCUGAUGAUCUCUUCUUAACUAAGGUUGCUAUAGAAUGUGGUGUUGGGAUCUUCACUAAGACUGCUGCAGAAUUGGAAAAACGUAGAGAAAAAUUUACCAAGGAACUGGAUUUUGUUUUUGCUGAUGUGGUGAUGGCUAUAAUAGCAGACUUUAUGCUUGUGUGGCUUCCUGCUCCUACUGUCUCUCUCCGACCGCCUCUUGCAGUCAGUGCGGGUGGUAUUGCCAAGUUCUUCUAUACUUGUCCUGAUAACGCAUUCCAGGUGGCUUUGGCUGGAACAUCUUAUUCAUUUCUACAGAGAGUAGGCGCGAUAGUGCGUAAUGGAGGAAAGCUGUUUGCGGUUGGAACUAGUGCAUCUCUGGUUGGUGUAGGUGUAACAAACAUAUUGAUUAAUGCUAGAAAGAUUUUGGAUAAAUCUUUUGCUGGCGAAGCUGAGGAUGUGCCUAUAGUAUCAACUAGUAUUGGCUAUGGUGUUUAUAUGGCGGUUUCUAGCAACCUAAGGUACCAAAUACUCGCUGGAGUUAUUGAACAAAGAAUUCUAGAACCUUUGCUGCACCAACAUAAGGUUAUACUGAGUGCAAUUUGCUUUGCUGUUCGAACUGGCAACACUUUCUUGGGAUCGUUGAUGUGGGUGGACUAUGCACGUUGGGUCGGAAUCCAAAAGAUACGGGAGUGAAGUGUAUAAAGCGUUUACUUUGUUGUAGUGAAUCAAUUGUAUUUUCAAUAAAUAUACAUGAUUUAUUGGAAUUAUAUAUAAUAGAGGCAAAUCCAUGCUCCUUGGUUUUGUUCAUUA